CGCGCCCCGAUGCGCGCGUCGCCGCUCGCGACGCGGGCGUCGAUCGACGCGCGCGCGAUCGGCGCGCGACGCGACGCGAAGGCGCGGGCGCGACGCGCGCGAGACGCGCGCGCGGGCGCGACGCGGGACGACGACGAAUCGUGGGCGUUCGAUCCGUUGGCGCUCGACGCGCGCGCGACGCGGGGCGCGACGCGGGGCGCGACGCGCGUCGCGAGCGGCGCGUGCGCGCUGGUGGCGGUGAUCGCGUGCGGCGCGUCGGAGGACGCGCGCGCGGGCGGCGCGGCGAUCGACCCGUUUUACGCGUUUUCGCCCGUGUGCCCGGCGAGCGACGGCGUGUUUCGAGUCGGACAGCGCGCGGCGAUAUCGCUCGCGGGAGACGAGAACAUUGAAAAUUAUCGACCGUUGAUAAAUGAUGUGCUGAUACGGGUGCGGACGGAGUUGUGCGUGUUGGAAUCGUUCGUGCGAGAGACGGCGGUGCCGUUCGUGCGAGAGAAGGGCUUGGGAUGGGUGCUGCCGAGGAGAGAGACGAGCGAGACGUAUCUCGCGGGCGUGGUGUUCAUGCUCGGCGCGAAUUUCAUUUUGCUCGGUUCGACCAAGGUUGUGGCCAUCAUGGCCAUCUAUCACGAUCUGAGUCUUGGGUUGGCGACGCGCUUGUUUGGCUCGGCGCUCGGCGCGCUCGGGCCGACGAAUGAGCGAGAAAAGCGCGAGAAGGAGUUGAACAAGGUGAUGGAUGAACAGAUGAACGAGCUAAAGGGGGUGAUGUCGAACUGGACGAUCGGUAAAGACGAUCGCGCGAGGAAGACGCAGGAAAUUAACGACAAGUACGCGACGAAACUGGAAGCUUUGCGCGGUUCGCAAGAGGAGCGAAGCGAUCGCGACGACGCCGUCGGGUUGAGUAAAUUCAGACAAGUCGCCGGCGUAGUCGCAGUUCCGCUCAAGGUGUACGGCACCGUCAGUUCGAAAGGCCGCCAAGUCUUAGAGGUCUUCGACACGUUCUGUUCGCGAUAUUUUGUCGCCUUCACGGUGACGUACAUAAUCAUCAAAACCGCGCAUUACACGGUGUUGAAAGAUUUCCCGUGAUUCGAGACGGUUAGUAAUACAUUGUAGUCUACACAUCCACGCGC